UUCUUGCCAGAAGAGUCAAGUCCCCCUGCUCGAUCGUAGGCACCGCGCGCGAGCGGCGCUUCCCUUCCCACACGCGCGCAGACCUCCCCCGCCGUGCGGAGAGGAGCCUUCACCGGGGCUUGCUGGAGCAAGCGCUGUUCGCCUGCACUUUAUACUUACAUAGACAUCUACACACACACACGUGAGACGCUAUUAUACACGCAUUUUACAUAUAUACACACGCGCACGUUUUUUAUGCAAACAUCCACCGUGUAACCUGCGCAGGCUGUUGGGGAAAGUGUUCUUUUCGUAGCGAGAACCACGCAUACACAUACACUGUACUAAGCACAUCUAUGAUGCACACAUAGCACGGGACACGGAGAGCCAUAGGCACACGCCGUUUACGAUGUCAAUCUGCCUCGCGUUACGCACGUACACUCUGCUGAGCGCUGUGUAACAUCUCAUUUACAACGUACGCACAGCUCACCGAACUAAACGCGCACAUAUAAUAUGCACAACUGUGUAUGUAGGUGACUCUGACACUCUUCAAACAAGUAACAUAUCCGUAUCGUAUAAUACACUUUCUACAUAACGCAUACGUAGCCUGUGUUCCCUGUGUACGCGUGAAUGUGUACACACUUAACACGUGCGCUGGAACACACAAAGCAUAGACAUAACACUGGCACACACGAGCAUACGUGUACGCACAGCAACAUGUACACGCACAUCAUGUCGUAUCCACCACGUAACACUCACCAGCACACCGAAUGCUGUAUACAAUACAUACACUUGUAAAGAUUCUCGCAUAUAACACACGUGUGCUCACAAACACAAGUGCACUCAAAGAAACAUAGUCAUACAUAAUCCAUCCAUACCCAUACACUUGACAAUUAGGAAUUGCUCACUUUAAUAUUAUCACCACCCUGAAUUACUGCAACCACGACAGCCAGCUUUCAUCACUGCUACCGCUGGUAACAUCACUGCUAACAGCAACCAUCAGCAUCACCGUCAUCACUACAACCAUCAUACCACCACCUGCAUACCACCACCGUCACUCGUGCUUUUACAACCACCACCAUCGUCAACCCCAACAGCACCGCCAGCUUUAAUCACCGCAACCACCACUCCGCACGAUCACCGACAUUCAUCUCCACUCACCCUUCACCACCACCACCACUCCCGCCCACAUCGCGUAGAGUGACGAGACACAGACACACACAGACACACACGCAGACAGACACACACAGACAGACACACACACACAGGCACAGACAGAGACACACACGCAGACAGACACACACACAGGCACAGACAGAGAUACACACGCAGACAGACACACACACACAGGCACAGACAGACACACACGCAGACAGACAUACACACAGGCACAGAUAGACACACACACGCAGACAGAGACACACCCAGACGCAGACAGACACACAGACACACACAUAGACAGACACAGACACACACAGACACACACACACAGACACCAAGACACACACACAGACACACACACAGAGACACACACACACACACAGACACCAAAACACACACAACAACAACAACAAAGGGGAAGAGUGGGGUAGGAGGGGAUUCACGCUCCGGCUCGCCGCUGCAAUAUGUUGUUGGCUCGAACUCUCUGGGCCGGGCAGCAUGGCGAGGACGGCCACCAGCCCCGCGGGGCCGCAGGGACUUGCCCCGCUGCUCCCGACUCUCCCCGCCCGACGCCAUCGUCACCGCCUCCUCCUCCUCGUCGGUCUCCCCGUGCGUCUCAGCAGCCCGCUCCUGGUCAUGCUCUCCGCGCUCUUCCUCUCCACCUACCUCUUCCUCUGCUCCCUGCCGAGCUGCCAGCACGCCGCCGAGACGCUGCCGACGGGGGGUGGUAGCGAGGGGGGAGGAAGCGGAGCGGCUGCUGCUGCUGGUGGUGGUGGAGGAGGAGGAGGAAUCGGCGUAACGGGGGCGGUGGACGAGGGGCGAGUAACCGGGCGACGCGUGGGAGCAGCCUCGGGGGCAGGUGGUGCAGGAUCAGAAGGAAGAGCAGCAAUGGCAUGGUCAGCAGCAGCAGCAGCAGGAGAUGAAGAUGAAGAGGAUAGCAUCCAGGCUCCCCCUCUCAGCAGGCGAGGCUACGCGAGCCAGUCGAGUGGAGGAGGAGGAGGUGGAGGGAGGAGAGGAGAAGGAGGCGACGGGGGAGGAGAGGGCCUCGCACGGGGCUCCAAGACUCCGCACGCGGCAAGAGCGCACGGCUCGGCGAAGACUCGCGAACGGGGCUCUGGACUGCGCGCUCUGCAGGAGAUGAGUGAGAACAAUGAGGACGACGGAGGAGCAGCGGCAGGCAUCCAGCACAAUGAGAAGACGAAGAGGAAUGUCGACGACGAUGUUGAUGUCGAUGAUGAUGUUGCUGAUUGGGACAAUGCCGAUCUGGGAAAGGAGGACGCGGACGAGUUGGAAAGGAGGGAUGGAGGGCAAGCGGAGGAAUCGGAACUCGGGAUUCCGUGCUGCAAGAGGCUUCCGCAGGCGCUCAUCAUCGGGGUGAAGAAGGGGGGCACCCGGGCGCUGCUCGAAGCCCUGAGGCUCCACCCGGCCGUGCGCGCCCUGGGGGCAGAAGCUCACUUCUUCGAUCGCAACUACGAGAGGGGCCUUGAGUGGUACAGGGGCCUCAUGCCGCCCACGGAGCCCGGGCAGAUCACGAUGGAGAAGACGCCGAGCUACUUCGUGACGCGGGAGGCGCCGGCCCGCAUCCGCGCCAUGGGUGGCGGGCGCACCAAGCUGUUGGUGGUGGUGCGCGACCCCGUGACGCGCGCCGUCUCCGACUACGCGCAGACGCUGGCCAAGCGCCCGCGGGGGACGCCGCCGUUCCGCCGGCUCGCCUUCCGCAACGGCUCGGCGGCGGCGGCGCCCGCGGUGGAGCCGCGCUGGAGCGCCCUGCGCAUCGGCCUCUACGCGCGCCACCUGGAGCGCUGGCUGCGACACUUCCCGCGCGAGAGCAUGCUCUUCGUGAGUGGCGAGCGGCUGGCGACGCGGCCCGCCGCCGAGCUGGCGCGCGUGCAGGACUUCCUCGGCAUCGCGCGCCUCGUCACCAGGAGGCACUUCUACUUCAACGCCACCAAGGGCUUCCCUUGCCUGCGACGCGGAGGCAUCGCUGCUGCUGCUGGCGCUGGCGCUGGUGCCGCUGCUGCUGCUACCGAUGGACUGAGUGUCGGAGACCGAGGCGCGAGACUCAGGGGUAGCGGGAGCGCCAGGAAGGUCGGACGGCGGAUCGCGCGGAUGCGUGGCAGGGGCGGGAGCUGGACGUACGGAGAUGUCGGCGAUGUCGACGUUGACGUGGGCAAUGUUGGAGAUGAAGAGGUCAAGCAGAACGAGCGGAAAGACGAGGAGGAGGAUGAGGAGGACGAGGUGGAGCACCGGGACUCGGGGGAGGAGGACGGGGAUGCGGAGGCGGUGGAGGACGAUGAGUAUGACGAGAGGGGUGAGUGGGCCGGUGGUGAUGGAGAGGAGAAUCACUGGGGCCAGCCUCACUGCCUGGGCAACAGCAAGGGUCGGCCACACCCGCACAUUGAGCCCGAGCUGCUGCAGCGGCUCCGUGAAUUCUAUCGGCCGUUCAACCUCAAGUUCUACCAGAUGGUGGGACAGGACUUUGGCUGGGACUGAUGGUCGUGCCUUGUUCGUUAUCCAUUCGUAACAAGGCCGGCCAGCUCGGUGAUAGAGCGAGUGGCUCACAAUCGGAAGGUUGCAAUUUUCAACUCUUGGUCUGAGGUUGGCUCGGUCCAUCAUCGACAGUUGUUGUCCUCGAGAGCGACUUGCCCCCGUCACAGUAAUGUGGAAUAUCCACCACUGACUCAGGGCUGUAAACAGGAGAUGGCCACUGCCUCAAUGCUCACGUGAGCAGGAAAUCCCCCCGGCUGAUGGGUACACACGCGCACGCAGAGGGCACACAAAACAAUGAGCGGGGCAAAAGUCUGAAUUGCAGGUAAUUUCCCACUCGGGGGAAAUCUGAAGCGGUGCCGAGAGCGUUCAGAUGGGUCAAGCAGACUUUGAUAAUCAUCGUUUCAUGGCUGAGCUCGCACAAGAUCCGUCCCUUCACAUCCAAUUAUGUUGUCCGCUCACGGCGUGGAGUCGACAUAUAACGUCGUGAAGCGGCGGUGGCGGUAUUCGUUGCGUUCACGGCAUUGCCAGUGGUGGCUCGUGGCCAAGGUUCAUGGUGGGGUGGUGUCAGCACCGCACAAUUUAAUUUUGUUUUAUUUUAUCCGGUAAGGCCCACUGAACUGUAUAGAUCGUUUUCAGAAGCGACCUCGCCAUCACAAAUGAAAGCGCAAAGAAGUGGCUUAUCAUCACGUGGACAUUUCUAGCAGCCAAAUACUCUGAAAACGCGCGCUGAUUCUAAAACGUGGAGGGGAAAAUCCGGAGGACCCGGAGGAAAAUCCACGUGACCACUGGGGGAACAUGCAAACUCCAAAUAUACAGCAGCAGGCGUCAGUGUCGGGAUCGAACCCACGACCUCCUGUAUACCAAGCGAGGUAGUUAACAACUCGCCACCGAAGAUUGGGGUGAGGGGGGACAGUGGGAAACGAGUGGGAAUGUGGAAUUUCCACCACUGGAUCAAGGCAUCGAGCCCAUCUCACAACCCACACCUGCAACAGCUGGCAGUCUCCAAUCCAAGUGCCUGCCAGGCUCAACUCUGAUUCUCUUGCGAGAUCUGACGGGAGAGGAUUUGAUCAUUUGAGUGUUGUGGUCAAUCAAAUGAGUACCACUUCAUGUGAAGUUUACAGCAGUGGCACCGUACGAAGAUUGGGCCCCUGCCAUGAGAAUUAGGAAUUUCCACCGCAGGGUGAGGGUCACCAAUGGAGUGCUAUCCCAGGAAGAUACGGUGGAUAAAACCAGCAUAAAGAUCAUGGUCAGGGUCAGAGGUAAUAACGGACACCUCAUCCUAUUGCUUCCUUCUGCUAGAUCAGCAGAAGAGCCACACCACCACCAUCAUCUCCACCAUCAUUGCCACAAUCAUCAUUGCUACCACCACCAUAGCGAUUUCCACCACCCAACAUCUGCAUUCAGAUCUUCUCUUUGGUCGCCGUGUAGAAUCUGUCAACAGAAUCAUCAUACAACACAAUCGUACAAGUACACCUAGUCUGGCACCGGUGGUGCGGUGGCAUCAUCGCUGCCUCCGCAGCACCACAAACAUUUGUAACCUUGGCGUAAACAUGUGUGGCAAUUGGAAUAUGGCCCCACGCAAUGCAAACAUCUUCUCCACAUGUGGACUGACUGCGUUGGAUGACGUGAAUGAUCUAAAAUUUCAAGCAUUAGUUGAUUUUGUCUCUCUCCGUUUACGUGCAGAUAUUGUGAAAAAAAAUGUCUCUUCGGUUUGCAAAACCAGACAUAGCGAAAACUGUAAGCUAACAUUUGUAAAUAUGAAUUCCUAUCGUUAAUAUCACGGGGCCAUGUAAGAUUUAUUCCUGUUGAGAUUCAUGCGAGGGAGAAUUCGCGAUAGAAAUGUUGAUCUUAUUUUUGUGCUGCCUUUGGGUUGUGCAUGUGAAUGACCAGCCCAGCCCCUUUGUGAAACCACUGCUGGAUGGAGCUCUCCCCACGUCAUGGGGGGGGCAAGGGGAGGGCCUUUGAUCGUCUUGCGGAAAAAAUAAUUGCACCACUUUGUGGCACGUCAACAGAGACAGAUACACUCGCCCCACGCCAUAGGAAUGUGGAAUUGCCAGCGCUGGCUCAGGACUACCGUGGGAAAUGUCAGCCAAGAAGACACUUUUACGGCUUCAUUUUACAGUGUAUACCGUAAUAGCAGGUGUUACCCAUAAGACUUAAAAAAAUAUAUAGAGAAAUCAAUAAAUGCAGAUGGAAUAAAGCAAAAUAUAUAACGCGCUGUGUUGCGAUGUUUCAUUGCAGUUGAAGGGGGUUGGGUCGUUGGGAGCGUUUGAGAUGCGAAAUAACUACCCAGCAAAACUGCAACGCUGUGCCACUGUUGGCAUGUGGGUGGAGCCGGUGAGGCCAAGGUUGGCACAACGUGAGGCCAACGUUUCGUGUUGACUGGAUAUUUCUUUGUCUCCAUUGCCAGCGACCUCGUGCAGUUGUAUCGUGUAAGGUUGAGGAUUGCGGCCUUGCAAUGGCUCAUGCCGCUGAUGAUUAAAAAUAUAAUUGUAAUAAUGUUUACUUUUGUUUACUAUGUAUGUAUGUAUCGCGUCGCCGUGGCUCGUGCGAAUUGCAUCUCUCACAAUCGCGAAGAAGGGGCUAUUGACAGCUGGACACGGCGGGAGCA